AUGCGAGCAUUCCUGCGUGGUUGGUCUUGUUUCCGACAGCGCAGUGCUUAUGUGCCCCCUUUGUCUUCUCCAUCAAGACGCAUCAUGGCCACGACUACAUCAGCUGGUUCAACGUCGGCUGCCCUCUUCUCCCUUGCCGUUAUUCUCUCUCCAGUUUCCCCGGAACCGGAGGAUGUCAAGGAGAAGAGCCAUCAUCUCAAAGACGGCUUCCAAAUUCCCUGGGAUUCAUGGAGAGCUCCGACAAUGGGUGACGCUUUCCGCAUGUGGGGACGCAUCCUCACGGGGAAGAUCAAAUGGCCGGAUGUCACGCCCCCCACAGUCCCGGUUCAAAAACCAACAUUUCUGUCUACUCGAGAAACGUCCAAUCUACGGGCGACAUGGCUAGGUCAUGCUUGUUACUAUGUCGAAUUUCCCGGGGGCCUCCGAGUUCUGUUCGACCCCGUUUUCGAAGAUCGUUGCUCCCCGGUGUCUUGGAUGGGCCCCAAGCGCUACACCGACCCGCCAUGCCACAUCGAAGAUAUUCCCACCAUUGAUGCAGUGGUGAUCUCCCACAACCAUUACGAUCACUUAUCUCACCCCACGGUCCAAGAAAUCGCCAAGCGCCAUCCGAAUUGCCAUUUCUUUGCCCCCCUGGGUAACAAAAAAUGGUUCAGCAGCAUUGGGAUUAGCAACGUGACGGAGCUGGACUGGUGGGAGGAGCGCGACAUUGUCCUUUCACCAUUGACCGGACCCGCCACAGAGGUCAAUGAAGCCGGAGAAGGCCACAGCUCAAGUCCAUCUAAUAUUACAGCACGAAUCGGCUGCUUGCCCUCGCAGCAUACAAGUAACAGGGGCGUGUUUGAUCGAGCAAAGACCUUGUGGGCUUCGUGGUCCAUUGAAUCGGGGGGUCAGAAAUUGUGGUUUGCUGGAGACACGGGCUAUAGAGCGGUGCCAGAGCUGCCUGCUGGAACCGAUGACCACGCCCCAGAGUACAACUUCCCCUCAUGCCCUGCAUUCAAACAGAUCGGUCAGUUCCGGGGACCCUUCGAUCUGGGGCUGAUCCCGAUCGGUGCCUACUCGCCCCGGUGGUUCAUGAGCACCAUGCAUGCAGAUCCUCAUGACGCAGUCCAAAUAUUCCAGGACACCAAGUGCAAACGAGCCAUGGCAAUCCACUGGGGUACCUGGGUGCUAACGGAUGAAGAAGUGCUUGAACCCCCCAAGAAGUUGAAAGAGGCUCUCAAUAAGCAUGGCAUCCCAGAGGUUGAGGUAUUUGACGUUUGCGACAUCGGUGAAAGCCGGGAAUUCUGA